AUGAGCGGAGUCGGUCUAGAGGUUUUCCUGGAGGACCUUAUUCCGGAGAUUGCGUAUUCGGGCGAGAAAGGAGUUUCCAUCAUCGAAUUACUUAAAAUUGUCCGCCAAUAUCACCUCAGCCUUGAAGGACAACAAGGGCCAAGCCAUGACGCAGCGCAAAGUUUGCAGGGAGCUCCCGACGACAGGGAUCUCGAGAAAUCCCUGACAGAUGCUGAAUUCGCAUCGGCUCGCUGGGCUUGGGACUGGCUACGUUCUCGUCCUCAAAUCCUCAUCAACGGCAACAAGCGAUGGAACCGAAUGGAGCUCAAGGACGCCCUCGCCUUGCCAGAAGCCGACACGAUCGACCCGGCCCUGACCAACUCUUCCGCGUCGGCGCCAGCAGAGGCCGAGGCGAAAGCCAAUACUAAGGAACCAACCGCGGACCAAGCGAAGGGAAAGAAGAGGACGAAGAAAACGCUCACCACGCGGCCGAGGAUUCACCCAGCGGAGGAUUUGGUCUGGCAGACGUUGACACGCCAUGGGGUCGAUUAUAAGCGCGUGCCUGCGCUGGAAUGGGCGUGUCUGCAGGGCAUCGCGUCGACACGGGGCGAGGGCAUCCUCCAGAGCGAUCUGCGUCGGCUGGUCGAUCAGGACAAACGGUCGCUACCCAAGCGGACGGACUCGCUGGCUCGGAAGGGAUACAUUGCCAAGCGCACGGUGGUGGUGCAAAAGAUGAAGACCAGCAGGCUCUGGCUGAUUGACUUUGCGCCGCCGCUGGUGGAAACGGAGAAAUGCGGACUGGAUUUGACACCCGAGACGUUGAGCAAGGACUUGGAGCCAGUGUCCUGGCACGAGCGCUGGACGGGGAAUAACAUCGACAUGGACGCGCUGGGAAGGACCGCCGUGGGCGUGGUCAAGGCAUUCAAUGUGAUUCGAUACGCGGACCUGAGACUCAAGAUGGGUGUCUCGGGGAAGCGAUGGCAGAUGAAGACACUGGCUAAGAACUGUCAGCGGCUGGUAGAUGUGGGCGUGCUCAAGUACACGGCGGCCUCGUUCCCGGGUACGCGCAAAGUGUUCAAGGACUGUCUGAAGUUUGUACGAGAACCUAGCGCAGAGGAGUGGGAGAAGUUUCUUGCUACGGGCAAGAAGACGUCGCAGUAUUCAGAUCCGACACGGCACCGGGAGCCCAAGCCCAACGCGCUCGCCCUGUAUAAGAAAUCAGGAGAGGAUGGCGCUGGAGGCGACGCCCGCGCCAAGGUCCGGCGUAUCUUCAGCGGCUGGAUCCCCGAGAAACCACUGGCGCAGACCGUCUUUGAGGUCAUUCGGAGCUCUGGUGCUGAAGGGGCUUCAAACCCCCAGGUCAGCGUCGCGACUGUCGGGUAUCAGCACCGUCGGUAUCUCUCGAGCUAUCUCACCAAGGUGGCCGACACGCAGCAGCCGGCGCAUCUCAAGAAGUUUCAAGUCGUCAGCGAGCUUGUACGCACGGGCAAGACGUCGGCCUACAUGUUCUCUGCACUUAGCGCAAUAAGUGAAAACGGGAGCGCGCGCAUUGCAGAAGAUGCUCCGAAACAAGAAGAGACAGCAAAACCGCAACAGCAACAAGCAUCGUCCAAUCCUGCACCAGCAAACCCUUAUGGGUUUGGCGCGAUACGCACCAAGGCGUUGGAGUCGGACAACAACAUUUCUCUCACCGAGAUGGCGCGUCAAGCUCGCAAAACAAAGGUUUCAUCGAAGCGAAAGUUGCUUCCUCGCAUCAGACCGGAACAUGUAGCUGCAGCCAGAGUUGCUUCUGACGCAGCUGCCACACCGGGCUCCAAGACUCAAACUCCAGCUCAAGAGGGUCAACCUGCUGAAACUGUGGAAGAUGAGUCUGCAUCUCAACAACGAAAACGGUCUUUCGAUGAAAUGGCGACCGGUGCUGAGAAGGCAGAGGGUGCUGCGGCUGAGCCGACCGAGACGCAAGAGACGCAAGAGACGCAAGAGACGCAAUCACCUCGGACCAUCGUUACGCCGGAGAACCAGGGGCCGCAAGUGCCCAAGAUCCCGACGGACCAAGAACUGAUCAUGACUGUCCGAUACAACAACGUGCUGGGGAAGCUUCAGGUCCAUCGUGCGGAUCGCAAAGUCACGUUUUUGAGAUCUGGGAGGGGUCUCAAGAAGCCUGUUACGGUUUCGGUUGAUGAGAAUCUCAGCGAGCCAGUUAUCCAGGAUGAUCCAGAGGGCGAUGGGAAGAAGAUAUUGGCCCUGGAAACAGGAGCACAACCACCUCAGACGUAUGCUUUUGCGGUUGAAGAUGAAGGAAACCCAGAAAAGGCGGGCUGGAUCCAGCAAGAAAUCACCAAGAUGAGAUCAGCCGACUACCAGCCACCCACCCCAGAAGAAAUCACAGCGGCUUCCCAAACGACCACAACCGGAAUCACCCCCGCAGAACCCGCCGCCAAAGGCAAAGGCAGAGGCAAAGGCAAAGGCAAGAAAGGCCAAGCCCUCGCAGCCGGCGCAAAGCCCUACGUCUGCGAUCUCUGCGGCGGUGCUUGGAAGAACGACAUCGGUCUCAAAUACCACCUCCAGAAGGCCCAAGUACCCUGCAACCCCAACUUCGACCCUACCAUCCUCCUCGAGCGCUCCCGCAAGCGCCGCCGACUCUCUCCGGUGCCACCGCCGUCUGAUACGGUCUCGAUGGCGGGCGACGAGAAGAGGGGGAGGAGGACGGGACGUCGUGGCGGUAGUAAGCGGAAGGCGGCGGCCAAGGACGGGAAGAAGAAGAAGGGCAGCGGAAAGAAGGACAGCGGCAAGACGAAGAAGAAGACCACUCGUCGGCUCCGUGUUAAGAUCCGGAAGGCGAUGCGCACGCUUCAGGAUCCGGCUCAUCAGUUUCGCGGGUUGGAGGCGGCUGCUGCUGAGACUGUUGCGGCUAGUGAGGCGAAUGAGGUUGAUAACCCAGCGAUGUGGGAGUCGGAGCGACCAAAGGGAGCAGAUGCGCUGAAGAUGUUUAGUCGCGGGCCUGAUGCGGCGGCGGCGGCGGCGGCGGCGGCGGCUGCGAAGAACACUCUUACGGAGAGCACGAUAAGUCCGUUUGGGGUUGGGUCACGCACGGGAGGACGGCCGCCGAGUUCAACAACUCAGAAGAUGGCGGUCGCUGGCGCUGCUAAGGCGGCUCGGGCUACUCGUGGUACCGCUCGUGCUGCCAGCGGUAGCCAGGGGCGAGAACCAGCGUUCCCUUCUUUGCCGACGGCUCCUACCACGCCCUCUCGGUCUCGGUCACGGGCUUCCGACGAGGCUGCGGUGUCGUUGGUGAGCGGUGCACGCAGCGGUAAGCGAGCUAGGGCUGCUGCUGCUGGUGCCGCUACUACGGAGGGUUAUUCCAUGCGGGAUCCGACCGGAGCAGCGUAUCCGAAUGGAUAUGGUGACGUCUCACCUACCCGGGGCUACGGAGUUGCCCAGCCCGAGUUCCCCUUGAGCGAAUACCCCGAUCCUGUUACCGACCACCAGGGAGAGCAGCAGCAGGUGUUUGAACAACAAAAACAGCAGGAGAACGAGGAGGGAGCACUGUCUUCACAAGACCACUACACGCCCUUCACCCGCACCUCCAACUACGACCGCAUGACCAGCGACGCCAAGCGACGAACCGCGCAGGCCUUCGACAUCAUCCUCUACCUGCUAGCCAACACCAACGGCGUGUUCCCAGGCGACAAAGCCCUCUUCUACGCGCUAACCAAAGUAUUCCUCAUCGAAUUCCGACGUCAGAUGCCGCCCACCUGGAAAAACUGCACCAGCGCAGUCAAGGCACUCGAAUCGCGCAAACUCGCCGCCGUGCACACGCACAUGCUCAAGACCGAACGAGGCCGGCUCCAAACAUGCACUCUGAUCGUGGGGCACGGUGUCGACCCGAACGGACCCGCAGCAGCCGCGAUGAAGCAAUUGAUGCGGGAGACCUACCCGGGCACGUACGUGCCACCGGCAUUCUCACCAACGCAGGAAGAACUGCUGCGGCUGCAGGAAUAUGACACGAGGACGAACGAGCGGGACUUGAUUGGGAAACCGAAUGCUAAUGGCCGCAAGUUCCGUAGUCGGCGGAAGAUUGAGGAGAUUGAGGUGUUUAAUGCGACGUAUUACAAGAACACGGCGCCGGUGGUUGGGCCAAGGCGGGAUCCGCUUUGGAUCAGGGAGACGGAGAGGUUGGUGGAGGAGGAUGAGGAUGAGGGUGAGGGCGAGGGCGAUGAGUAUGAUGAUGGUAGCCAUGCUCGUCAGGUCGUUGGGCGCGGUCGGAGGAAGCGGAGGGCUAGGGAGGAGAUUGGCGGUGGUUCUGCUACCAAGCGGGCGAGGACGGGGUACCAGGAGGAUGAGUACUAUUAUAACGACGACGACAUACCGGUCGAUCCUAACAUCAUGGGCGAGAUGGACCCGGCGGGGUAUGCACAGGAUCAAGAGCAAGCCGCACAGCAGCAGCAGGAAGAAGAUCAACAGUGGCAGCAAGAAGAGGAAGGGCCUUCGGUUCUCGAAGCGAUCAAGGCGUAUAGUCUGCUGCCGGCGAAACUGGGCCCGCGCGCUGGGCGAAGGAGGCUCUCGCAUUCUGACAAGCCGCUGGCCAAACUCCCCGCUGAGCUUGGGAGGGUCAGGAACCCGGGGCUGGGGAGUUUGCCCGAGGAGUUCUACUGGAGGCCGUCGGUUCCGUUUGGUGCUCCGGAGGUGUGUUUUCUGGGGCCGAAUACUUGUUUGGAGGACGACGGGGAAGAAGGAAUGGAUGUGGACGAGGACGAUCGUGAGGACCGGGAGAGUUCGGAGGAUACUGGGGAGGAUGUGAAAGCGGAGGAAGCGCCCGUGUCUCCCGAGGCAGCGAAGGGACCCAAGACGGCCGAAUUCACCUGGCCAGUGGUACUUCAACAAGAGCCCGGCGGUCUGUGGCCGAACUGCACGCAGGGCUUCUUCGAAAUCAACGACGGCAGCAGUUUCACCCUCCACGGCUGGAUGCCCAGUCUCGCGUGGCUGCAGGCUCAGAACAUCCCGACUAGUGUGCGAGACAUGGUGGGAAGUCUAGUGUCCAACCAGCGGGACAACACAACCAAACCGCAUGACUGGGCCGACGAAGACUACGCCAAGGUCUGCGGCGUACUCAACCAGUGCGCCGCUUGGGAACAGUCCCCAGCCGGCACGGCCAUCAUGCUCGGCCAGGCUUCCGUGGCCAAUAGCAAUCAUGAUUAUUACGGCUACGACUACCGCCACUACAACUUCAUCAACGUCUCUGCACCAAAAUUCUCCAUCGCCCCCUCACGACCCAUGACGCUCGCCUGGUCAGACGACACACAGUACAACCUGGAAACCCUACCGUACGAAGACCUCGAAGACGACGACUACACCGAUGUUGUGUUCCUCGAUGACGAUGACGACGCCGAACGGACUGGUGUCAGUCACCACACCAGAAACGGGGACAUGGAAGGCCCAUCGCCCCCCAAGAAGCGGCGCGUGCCGAAAGCACCACUGCCACCCGGAGAGCGGCGAAAACAAGGCCGACCGCCCAAGUUGAAGUUGGCGCCCAUCAAGACGAUGCGGGAGCUUACGGCGUAUCCGAGGUCGGCGCAGGACUUUUUGAGGAAGGUGGAUAAUAAUGCUGGAGAGGCUGGGGGAGAAGGAGAAGAUGAGGAUGGGUUGGAUUGGUCGAGGGAGAAUGUAAGGCUGGCGGCGUUUAUUGUGGUGACGACUUUGUUGGGAGGUGUGGAUCGGGUUGUGGAUUGGGGGUUGAUGUUGCGGCUUGUGCCGGAUCAGACUAUCAGCCAGCUCCGACACUACUGGUGCGCCCUCAAAAAAGACCGGCUCUCGACCAUCGUGAGCCUGACGGAAAAGUUCCGCCGCGCGUUCCUACGUGCCUACGAGCGCGACGAGAUUCCCCCCCUCGACUUCAACAACGUGCUGGCCUACGACUGGAAGUUCCUGAUCAAGUGGACCACCAAGCUGGACCUGGCCGAGCGCCGCGUGCUCCCGGCCUCGCGCGCCGCCCUCGACAAGAAAGUCACCGUCACCAAGUUCACCCACGGCAACCGGCCCUGGCGCGAGGCCUUCUACCACCCGCAACGGUCCAUCUUCAACAAGUUCCAGGACGUGACCUCCGAGCCGCUGUCCUUCCGGGUAGAUGGCGAUACUACUGACACUGUUGAGAAGAGCAACAACAACCCUCCCAAUGGUCCAGCCGACCUAACCCCGCAAAACCCCGAACUAAUCGUCGCCAUGUCCUGGACGCGCUCCCUCUGCGUGACUCCCGUCGAAGCCUACACAGCCGACGCCGUACUCCACCAGCGCAACAGCCUAUUCCCAACGCGUGCCAAAACCGAGAUCACGGAACUUAUGAUGAAGGGCGUCGACCAACUACAGCGGCAAGGCGUCAUCUCCAAAUCAUCCUCCAAAUGGUCCAACGGCCGCCGCUGGCGCUUCAACACGCGCGUGCUCGACUCCAUCGAGAAGUCGGCGCAGCAGCACAAGUUUGCCCAGGCGGCGCAGUUCAAGCGUGAGCUGGACGAGGCUUUUCGGGUUGCGGAUCCGGCGCUGCGGAAGAAGAGGGUCACGUAUAUCACGAACGACGGCAUGAUCAUGGCGUUGCUGAACUUGCAGGCAAACGGCCGCGUGCGGGUUGAGACUACGGGUCAGCCGCAUGUGCCGAUGGGCCAUGAGCCGGGGAAUUAUGAGACGAGGAAGUAUACGAAGAAGUAUAUGCAUUUUCGGUUGGAUGUGGUACCUACCGAGCGGUAUCUCUUUGACGACAUAGACAAAUCAUCCCUCACAACCCUCCGAUCCCACCUCCGCACUCACCCCCCCCCCACCGUCGGCCCCUCAGGCGCCGUCCCAGUAUGGUGCGACGUCUUCAACACAGUCCACCCGGCCCGCUGGCUCAAAUACCUCAGCGCCGUGCUCAUAACACUAGCCUCGCGCGGGUCGAUGCGUGCGGCCGAGUUAGUCGCGACGCUGAAACCGGUGAUUAUGGAGUUUGAGGCGGAGUUGAUUCUGGAGUGGCUGGGGGGUUUGGGGUUGGUGGCUUGGUUUGACUUGGAGUUUUGA